GCGAGGGAGGCAGGGCGGGCCCGGCCAGCGGCGCCGCGGGGUUGGCUGCUGCCUUGAGGCCGGACUCAACGGGUCUCUGCUGAGCCACCGGGUGAACUCUCCGCCCAGCCCAACCAGGAGAUUGCGAGGGAGCGAUGCGGUGCCGCGCGACUCAAAAGAAAAACAGCUCAGCUCAGGCAUUACCUUGUCUGGAAGGCUUCCUUAGUCCUCCUGCCUCCUGCAGACUUGUCUGGCACCCUCUGCAUUUGGGAUUUGGCACACUAUGUCUCGUCUGCGGCCUCCACUGGACGAUGUGACCUGUUCUCAGGGAAGAUCCCGACUAAGCCAUUUUCCAGUGGCACCUCUUCCACCAUGAAUUCCUGAGGCAGUCUGAUGGGGCUACUUUAUUCCAGAACAAUCACAAUUUGCUUGUAAAUGCAUCACGAAGAGGCAGCCCAGAAUGAAGAAAGCAAGCAGGAGUGUUGGCUCAGUGCCUAAAGUGUCUGGAAUAAGUAAAACGCAAACAGCAGAAAAAGUUAAACCUGAAAACAGCUCUUCAGCAUCUACGGGAGGCAAAUUUGUAAAACCUGGAACAGCAGCAUCAUUGUCAAAGACCAAGAGCAGUGAUGACCUUUUAGCUGGAAUGGCUGGAGGGGUAACGGUGACUAAUGGUAUUAAAGGAAAGAAAAGCACCUGCCCAUCUGCAGCACCUUCAGCAUCUACCCCUGCCAUGACCACCGUGGAGAGCAAAUCCAAGAUUAGCACAGGCACAGCUUCUUCAACCAAGCGGAGCACUUCUACAGGUAAUAAAGAAUCCAGUUCUACUAGAGAAAGAUUACGUGAACGUACCCGAUUAAACCAGAGCAAAAAACUACCUUCUGCAGGUCAGGGAGCUAAUGACGUGGCAUUGGCCAAACGUUCCCGCAGUCGAACUGCUACAGAAUGUGACGUUCGUAUGAGCAAGUCUAAGUCAGACAAUCAGAUCAGUGACAGAGCUGCUUUGGAGGCCAAAGUGAAGGAUCUUCUCACACUGGCAAAAACUAAAGAUGUAGAAAUUUUACAUUUGAGAAAUGAACUGCGAGACAUGCGUGCCCAGCUGGGCAUUAAUGAGGACCAUUCUGAGGGUGAUGAAAAAUCUGAGAAGGAAACCAUUAUGGCUCACCAGCCGACUGAUGUGGAGUCCACUUUAUUGCAGUUGCAGGAACAGAAUACUGCCAUCCGUGAAGAACUCAACCAGCUGAAAAAUGAAAACAGAAUGUUAAAGGACAGGUUGAAUGCAUUGGGGUUUUCCCUAGAGCAGAGGUUAGACAAUUCUGAAAAACUGUUUGGCUAUCAGUCCCUGAGCCCAGAAAUCACCCCUGGUAACCAGAGCGAUGGAGGAGGAACUCUGACUUCUUCAGUGGAAGGCUCUGCCCCUGGCUCAGUGGAGGAUCUCUUGAGUCAGGAUGAAAAUACACUAAUGGACCAUCAGCACAGUAACUCCAUGGACAAUCUAGACAGCGAGUGCAGUGAGGUCUACCAGCCCCUCACAUCGAGCGAUGAUGCACUGGAUGCACCAUCCUCCUCAGAGUCGGAAGGCAUCCCCAGCAUAGAGCGCUCCCGGAAGGGGAGCAGUGGGAACGCCAGUGAAGUGUCGGUGGCUUGCCUGACUGAACGGAUACACCAGAUGGAAGAGAACCAACACAGUACAAGUGAGGAACUCCAGGCAACCCUGCAAGAGCUAGCUGAUUUACAGCAGAUUACCCAAGAACUGAAUAGUGAAAACGAAAGGCUUGGAGAAGAGAAGGUUAUUCUGAUGGAGUCUUUAUGUCAGCAGAGCGAUAAGUUGGAACACUUUAGUCGACAGAUUGAAUACUUCCGCUCUCUUCUAGAUGAGCAUCACAUUUCUUAUGUCAUAGAUGAAGAUGUAAAAAGUGGGCGCUAUAUGGAAUUAGAGCAACGUUACAUGGACCUCGCUGAGAAUGCCCGUUUUGAACGGGAGCAGCUUCUUGGUGUCCAGCAGCAUUUAAGCAAUACUUUGAAAAUGGCAGAACAGGACAACAAGGAAGCUCAAGAAAUGAUAGGGGCACUCAAAGAACGCAGUCACCAUAUGGAGCGAAUUAUUGAGUCUGAGCAGAAAGGAAAAGCAGCCUUGGCAGCCACGUUAGAGGAGUACAAAGCCACCGUGGCCAGUGACCAGAUAGAGAUGAAUCGCCUGAAGGCCCAGCUGGAGAAUGAAAAGCAGAAAGUAGCAGAGCUGUAUUCUAUCCAUAACUCUGGAGACAAAUCUGAUAUUCAGGACCUCCUGGAGAGUGUCAGGCUGGACAAAGAAAAAGCAGAGACUUUGGCUAGUAGCUUGCAGGAAGAUCUGGCUCAUACCCGAAAUGAUGCCAAUCGAUUACAGGAUGCCAUUGCUAAGGUAGAGGAUGAAUACCGAGCCUUCCAAGAAGAAGCUAAGAAACAAAUUGAAGAUUUGAAUAUGACGUUAGAAAAAUUAAGAUCAGACCUGGAUGAAAAAGAAACAGAAAGGAGUGACAUGAAAGAAACCAUCUUUGAACUUGAAGAUGAAGUAGAACAACAUCGUGCUGUGAAACUUCAUGACAACCUCAUUAUUUCUGAUUUAGAGAAUACAGUUAAAAAACUCCAGGACCAAAAGCACGACAUGGAAAGAGAAAUAAAGACACUCCACAGAAGACUUCGGGAAGAAUCUGCGGAAUGGCGGCAGUUUCAGGCUGAUCUUCAGACUGCAGUAGUCAUUGCAAAUGACAUUAAAUCUGAAGCCCAAGAGGAGAUUGGUGAUCUAAAGCGCCGGUUACAUGAGGCUCAAGAAAAAAAUGAGAAACUCACAAAAGAAUUGGAGGAAAUAAAGUCACGCAAGCAGGAGGAGGAGCGAGGCCGAGUAUACAACUACAUGAAUGCCGUUGAGAGAGAUUUGGCAGCCUUAAGGCAGGGAAUGGGACUGAGUAGAAGGUCCUCGACUUCCUCAGAGCCAACUCCUACAGUAAAAACCCUCAUCAAGUCUUUUGACAGUGCGUCUCAAGUACCAAACCCUGCUGCAGCUGCAAUUCCUCGAACGCCCCUGAGCCCAAGUCCUAUGAAAACCCCUCCUGCAGCAGCUGUGUCCCCUAUGCAGAGACAUUCCAUAAGUGGACCAAUCUCAACAUCCAAACCCCUGACAGCCCUGUCAGAUAAGAGACCAAACUAUGGGGAAAUCCCUGUUCAAGAGCAUCUGUUAAGAACAUCUUCAACCAGCCGGCCUGCUUCCCUCCCAAGAGUGCCUGCGAUGGAAAGUGCCAAGACCCUCUCAGUGUCUCGACGAAGUAGUGAAGAAAUGAAACGGGACAUUUCUGCACAGGAGGGAGCGUCGCCAGCCUCUCUGAUGGCUAUGGGAACCACGUCUCCACAGCUUUCCCUAUCCUCUUCUCCAACGGCAUCUGUGACUCCCACCACCCGAAGCCGAAUAAGAGAAGAAAGGAAAGACCCUCUCUCAGCAUUGGCCAGAGAAUAUGGAGGAUCAAAGAGGAACGCCUUGCUGAAGUGGUGUCAGAAGAAAACAGAAGGCUAUCAGAAUAUUGACAUUACAAACUUCAGCAGCAGCUGGAACGAUGGGCUGGCUUUCUGUGCCCUCCUGCAUACGUAUCUCCCUGCCCACAUUCCGUAUCAAGAACUGAACAGCCAGGAUAAGAGAAGGAACUUCAUGCUGGCUUUCCAGGCAGCUGAAAGUGUUGGCAUCAAAUCCACACUGGACAUUAAUGAAAUGGUACGGACUGAACGACCCGAUUGGCAGAACGUGAUGCUGUACGUGACGGCGAUCUACAAGUACUUUGAAACCUGAGCAUGCUGGGAGGAGCCGCCCCAAUAGUGGGGGUACCCCUCCACAGUGACCGAGCGACACCAACGCCAUUAGCUACGCACCCCUGUAAAGCUUCCAGCAACUCCAACUCUGGGCUGCCCCGCAGCGUGUGAGCCUCCAGCUUGGGGCUUCCAUAUUGGCAGAACUCAGCCGUGCGGCCCACAGCUCCCACCAGGGCCCCUCCCACGUGACCCAUCCACUCAGGUCACGUGGGCUCAGCACACAUCCCACAGGCCAGUGGCUGCUGGAGUUUUCCUUCUGAAAAGAAUAUUGAACUACACUAGUGCUCCAGGGCACCAAACAAAAAGGGCUUCGUGCACAGCUGAACUUGGGAAAAGGGAUUCAGUUCUGUGGGAAACUCACUGGGGUUGAUGAAGGCUCGGCUGUGGCACUUCCUGACUAUUGGCUGGGGUGGGUUCCAGCGCUGAUGAGAACGCAGGAGACUCAGCGCCUGGCAAUUCGCAGUGCCCUGGGCCCUUCACUGUCCUAGUUGGGAGAAGCAUGUCACCACAGACGGGUCAGCUGCCCCACACCUGACAAGGCUGUCCCGGCCGACGCAAUCCAGGCGUUUUCAGCCUGAACUAGGAGAGUAUCUAGAGGGUGUGGUGCAGGCGGGCCGGGGCUGGGGGUGCUGCUGCUGCUCUCGCGCAGCUGGGCUUUCUGGCAGGAAGCAGUCCCACGGUCCCCUUGCCUGGAGACUGCGACCUGUCUUCCAGCCUGGAAGGGGUUUAGAGUCCCAGCUCUGGCUUUAGAUUUCUUCAUCAUAGGGAGUUUUGUUAGUUAAGAUUGUUGUUUUGUUACGAGCAAUACUGGAAAAAGUCGCUCCUGUUCUGUUAGUACCAAAGUUACAUUAUUUCAAUAAGCUUAGAAAUCUAAACAAGAUCUGUACCUUAGCAUGGUGAGAGCAAGGAAUGAAGCAGGAGAUAGGAGAAAAGUAAACAACUUCAGGGAGCCCAGGCAGUGUCAUUUAAACUCACUGAGUCACUAAGACAUCAUCCUCCUAGGCCAGAGUUUAAGAAAGUGCCUUAACUCUUCUUGUGAGGGCAGCCACUGCCCUCCAUGGCCAAGGCAGGGGCCUCGUUCAGGGCUCAGUGGUUGAAUUGUCUCCCACCACCAUGCCCGCCCUCCCCAGGUACUGGGUCCUUGCCCCCUGUGCCCACCCUCCCCAGGUGCUGGGUGCAUGGUGUUUGAACCAAAGCCUUAUUUAAAGGUGGUCACUGGAGAUGCUUUCAGGCUGGAACUCAACAGCUCUUUUUGGGAAUACGGAUCUCCCGUGUGCCUAACACAGUAGCUAUUGGUUUGAACAAUGUCCAGACAAGACCUGUAGUUUUGAGAAUACAGCUGUGUGUGGCACCUGCAAAGCACCAUGAGGAAGACCAGCCACCAGUGGAAGCAGGUCACUGCCCCACAGACUGGAUGCAAUCAGGGGCUCCCAGGAGGCCCAGCCAGCCCGACUGUGGGCUGAGGGGUCUGCAUUCAAGCACGAUGUUCUAGACUAGGAGUUUAACGUGUCUGCGUAGCCUAGAAUGUGGUUAUUAGGAAAGGGGCUGUGUAUGUGGGUGCGGCUGCCAGCACACCUGGUCACCACAUGGCCAGGAACUGCCCAUCAGCCCUGUCCAGACGUCAGCCUGGGAGCUCAGGCUGCUGCCGCCAGCUGGAUACCCUUUGGUGAAAUGCCCGUUUUCAGCUAAGGAGAGGCCAGGCAGGCAAAGUCAUGCCACAGAGCAUACCAGAGACCCCCGCAGACACCUGGCCCAGUCCCCCCGUCUGAGUUGUGUUCUUGUUGCUAUUCCUCUGUUGAUGGCCAGCUCUGCUAUUGGCAUGAGCCACUAAUGUUCGUGUGAGAAUUUCUGUUUUUAUAUGUCUCUCCAUUUCGGUGUCCUCAGUUCCCAUUUUUGCUCUCAUUUGCCUUCACAGAGGCCAGUCCACCUGUCCAGAUCCAGCUGACUGGUCAUGGUUUGGUUUAUUUAUUUUGUCCUUCAGGGGCUGUUUUGCCUUAAGAAUGAGGGGACUUCCCUGGGUCUGCAGUUCCCAACUUUAUCCUUUGCUGGCCAUGCGAGCCCAGCCCUGGUGCAUCAUGGGAUGGAGGGGUAGGGGUCCCCAGGAUCUUCUAGAGGAAGGUGGCCAUGGAUGGAUGGGCUAUAUCUGUGUUUUCCCUCUGGGAGUCUCAUGAGUCCAGCAUCAGGCCUGGGGUCAGCAACAGGGGAAGAGGGUGGGCAUGUGGAGGGCCUGACCCCGCCUAUCUAGAGGCUUACCUCGGGCCCCUCCUUGGGGAAGGUUUGCAUGUGGAGCUGCAGGGGAGAGGGUUCCAGAAGCAUUGCCUUUUGCCUCAUCUAGUAGGAUCCUUAGAACACUGUGGGCUUUAGGAAUGACUAUAGAUGCUCACACAUGUUUAAGGUGACAUUUGGAGAUACUCUUAGUCCUGUGGCACCUGGCACGAAGCCUCCAGGAAGCCUCUUUGCCUCUUCUCCCUUCAAGCACAAGCUUUACUGCAAAAGGGCCAGUCGCAUUUCUAUUUCUCUCGAUCCCAGGCUUCUGUGGACUGACGAUGCUUUUAAAUGUUGUUCUGGUAAAUAUUCUUGAAUGUAUUAAAAUGGCUGAAACAACAAGCUUGGGCUUUUCUAGCUUGCCCUCCCCUCCUUGUCGUCCCUCUGGCAUCACAUAAACCAGAACCCAGCUGCCUCCUGGGACUGGCUGUGGAGAGGAGGGCAUCUCUGAGCUACCCUGUGGCCCUACCCCAAGGCACACUUCCUCGUGUGGAAAGAUCCUAACCAGGAGUCCAGGGUGGUCUCCCCUGGGCCACAGCACAUCACCCUGUGGCCUGGGGCUGUGGGACAGGGAGCCCUGUAACCACUGGGGUUCUGUGACAGAUGACAAGACCUCAGAGACCGUGGCAGAGCUGUCCCUAGGAGAGUGGAAGCCCCUACAUAUCCCCAGACACAUGCCUUCCCCAGGGACAAGGGGAGUGUGUCUGGAGGGGUUUUGUUUGUUUUGAGGCAUGUAUCAUCUUGGAAAUAAUUGUCAGGAUGUAUAAAAUAGAGAAGAAGAAAAAAAGUAUACUACCCAGAGGCAACCAUUGUUUUUUCUGUG